AUGGCACCAAUUGGCGACGACACUGUGCAUACACUGCAAGAAUUGGUCCAGAAGCUCGAGUCCAGGGUUAAGCAAUUGGAAGACAAGCUUGAGGAUGUCUCGACGGGCACAAAGCAUACGCCAACUGAGGGAGUUAGAAUGAUCUUGAUGGGUCCUCCUGGCGCUGGCAAGGGGACUCAAGCACCCAAGAUUAAAGAGAAGUUCUCUUGCUGCCAUUUAGCAACCGGGGAUAUGCUUCGCUCGCAAGUAGCAAAGAAGACACCUUUAGGUCGGGAAGCAAAGAAGAUUAUGGACCAGGGAGGUCUUGUCAGUGACGAAAUUGUUAUUGGCAUGAUCAAGGCUGAGCUGGAGACAAACCAAGAGUGCGCCGGAGGUUUCAUCCUCGAUGGUUUCCCACGAACGGUCGUCCAAGCCGAGCGGUUAGAUUCUAUGUUGAACGAGCGCAAGCAGACGUUACAGCAUGCUGUAGAGCUUCAAAUAGAUGACGGCCUCCUUGUUUCGCGGAUAACUGGUCGUCUGGUUCACCCAGCAUCUGGUCGAUCAUAUCACAAGGUCUUCAACCCACCCAAAGAAACUAUGAAGGAUGAUGUUACUGGCGAGCCACUGGUCCAAAGAUCAGACGACAAUGCCGAAGCUCUAAAGAAGCGACUGGUCACAUACCACCAGCAAACAGCUCCGGUAGUUGGAUAUUACCAAAAGACUGGUAUCUGGAAGGGCAUCGAUGCAAGCCAAGAACCAGGGCAGGUCUGGAAAAGCCUUCUCGGGGUCUUCGAGCAGUCAGCGAGCCAAGGCAAGAGCGGGAGCUUGCUUAGCAAAAUCACUGGUCGCUAA